AUGCAGGCUGCAGCUGCACAGUCAGGUAAUUGGGUUGUAAUGGAAAGCUUUUCAGACGACUUCUACACUCAACAUACUCCAGUAGAAGAGACAGUCCUUCACGUAUUAGCCGAGUCUUGUGACUCUGCAAAUGUAGUCCAACUUAUCCUUGCUGGGCAUGGCCGUUUGCUUAUGAAAUUGAACAAACGGGGCGAGACUGCACUUCAUUUGGCAGCAAGAAAUGGGCAUUUGGGCAUCGUUCGAGCACUAAUUGACUAUGCAAAAUCGGAAGCAGGACACUGGUUUACCCCAUGUUCUGACAGGCGCAAGAGGAUGCUGAGGAUGGCUAGUGUGGCUGGAAAUACAGCUUUACACGAGGCAGUUAGGAACAACUUCUAUUACAUCGCCAAAUUGUUAGUUCAAGAAGAUCCUGAGUUUCGUUAUCCCCACAAUUAUGCUGUGGAGACACCUCUGUAUCUGGCAGUUGAGAAGGGACGCCAUAAUAUUAUGGUUCUAAUUUUGGAGUCUUGCAAGACACCAUCUUAUCUUGGCCCCGGACACAAAACUGCCUUGCAUGCUGCCGCAAUUUGGAAUUUUCCAGAAUCCAUGAUGCUGAUUUUGGAAAAGCUGCCUAAUCUUAUAAAGGAUGUCGAUAAAUUUGGGUGGACUGCACUUCAUUAUGCUGCCAAAUUCAAUCAUCAGGAAAUUGCAAGACUAUUACUGUCUGCCGAUAGGUCUACUGCCUAUGCCAAGAAUGAUGACUCCAAGACUGCUCUACAUAUUGCUGUAAUUCAUGGACAUAUUACGGGUGAAAGUCGGAAUAUCCUUCACCUAGCUGUAAAGCAUGAACAAGGAGAAGUCUUGGAGUUUGUUUUGCAAAAUUCCGGGGCUUCUGAGCUCAUUAACCAACAGGAUAAUGAAGGAAACACUCCUCUCCACCUGUAUGUUGCUACCAAAAACUUAGAUGGGAAUUGCCUUGUGAAUCAUCCUUUUGUGGAUGUCAAUUCUUUUGACAAUUCCAACUCGACGCCUCUAGACAGAAUAGUGGGGGGUGACAACUUUCAGAAAGACAGUUCAGGAUCAUAUGAUAAGUGCAGUCCUGAUUACUCUUCGAUUAUGACUUCAUCCUCAAUUAGCUAUUCAAUUUUAAUCAAGAAAGAGUUGGAGGAAGCGGGUGCUACUGCAGGAUAUCAGAAUGUUGCCACCGUACAGUUCUAG